AUGCCUAAUAAUGAUAAUCAGGUUAUUUCAGGUAAGCCUGAAACUCUGUUUCCCAACUCAUUAUUCCGCAACAAGGAGGACGGGAUCAAACUGGCCCUAGAAGAUCAACUAUGCCGAGACUUCCAACUUCCAUGGUCGGACGAAGAAGAGGAGCAAGAGGGGCUCGUCACCCAACGCCCCAAAAUCACCACUGUGGUUUUUGACGAAAUUAAGGCACUGUACACUCUUGCCAUCCCCAUGAUCUUAUCCGGCCUCUUAAACUACUCAAAGGCAGCCAUCUCCAUGUUUUUCAUGGGGAAGCUUGGGAAAUCUGCUCUGGCAGGAGGAAGCCUCGCCAUAGGUGUUGCAAACAUCACCGGAUACUCUUUCAUCUCCGGUCUCGCUACAGGGAUGGAUGGAAUCGCUUCACAAGCAUUUGGUGCUCGUAACGGCUGUCUUCUGUCACACACUCUACAGAGGACAAUAGUUCUCCUACUCAUCCUUUGCAUGCCCAUCACUUUGUUGUGGUAUAACUUCGAAUCUGUCCUUAUCCACUCUGGCCAAAACCCAUCCAUCUCAUCCAUAGCCAUUACCUAUCUCAGAUUCUCCAUCCCAACCCUCUUGUUUCAGUCCCUCAUCCACCCCAUUAAAAUUUACCUAAGGAGCCAGAAAGUCACCAGCCCUUUUACGCUCAGCACUGCCUUUUCGCUAGCCGUUCACAUCCCAGCCAACUACGUCGCCGUUUACUGUCUUGACCUUGGCCUGGAAGGGAUUGCACUCUCCGGUUGCUUGGCCGACUUCAAUAUCAUGAUGUCUCUUCUGGUUUAUCUCUUUUUUUCUGGCCAUCUUACUGUGAAUUCUCUGUGGUUCUGGAGAGACUGUGCGUCGUUUAGACACUAUGAAGAUUGGAGCCCCAUUUUCAGUCUGGCGCUUCCGAGUUGCGCGUCGGUGUGUUUAGAGUGGUGGUGGUAUGAGAUCAUGAUUGUUUUCUCUGGACUUCUUGUCAAUGCACCCGAGGCUGUGGCCACCAUGGGAAUACUGAUCCAGAUGACCGCAUUGAUCUAUCAGUUUCCUAUCUCGUUGAACCAGGCCGUGUCGACUAGGGUGGGGAACGAGUUGGGGGCCGACAGACCGAAGCAAGCUCUGAUGGCGUCUGUAGUUGCACUGGCAUGUGCUAUUUUCACAGGCAUUGUCGCCAUGAGUUUCAUGAUCGGAAUGCGCAACGUUUGGGGGGGAAUGUUCACGUCUGAUCAGGCCAUUAUAUCGCUGGUGGCUUCGGUCUUGCCGGUGGUAGGGCUUUGUGAGCUCGGGAACUGCCCCCAGACCACCGUCUGUGGAGUUUUGAGAGGCUGUGCACGGCCAACUUUGGCUGCUUACAUAAACUUCGGCUCGUUUUAUGGUGUGGGAUUGCCUGCGGCCCUUAUGUUGGGCUUUGGGGUGGAGUUGGGCUUAUUGGGCCUGUGGUUGGGCUUACUUGCGGCCCAAAUGGUUUGCUUUGGGAUCAUGGUAGUGGCAUUACUUCGAACGGACUGGGAGGAACAAGCAAAUCGAGCAUAUGUACUCACAUGUAGCUAUCUAGGGGAGGAAGAAAAUGAAACAAGCAAGGAAGAACCAGCACCUCCGGUUGUGGUUGUGAACUAG